CUCUAUAUUUUCUCUCAUCUUUUUGUCUUUCUAAAAAACUUUCAUUCAUUCAUUAUUCAUUAAUUCCAAAUCAUCAUCAGUUUCCCAUAUCCAUCUGUCAACUGUUGUUGCUGGUUGUAUUUUAUUUAUGUCUUAAAUCACUUGUCGUUAGAUCUCUUCUUCUUUCUUUUGGAUUUGCUUCUUCUCCAGGUGAAUGAAGGUUAAAGACUUACGUAUAAAGAGUUUUAGAGAGUUUGCCGACCUGAAAACGCCACCAAUCUCUGAUGACAAUGUAAUCGGCUUCUAUGCCAGAAAUGUUAUCAGAUGGUGUUCGCCUAGGCGGUUAGGCUGAGUCCCAAAUUGGGCCGCCGUCAACUGAAUGGAUAGGUCGGAUACAUCUGGCUUUGUAAGUGGUGGAACUAGCUUAUUGGAAACUUUUCUAUUUCUGUUCAUUUUGAUUUACAGAUAUCUGUAGAUGUGAUAAGUAUUCUCUCUAAAACUUAAUCCCCCAACUUCUUCAAUUUCGUUCACAAAAAUGGUAUACAAUAACCCACAAAUGGAUCUCAGUAAUGGUCUUGCACUUGUUUCUUGUAACGCUGAACUGAAUAAAAGUUACCACGGUGGUAGUAGUAAUACCACGUUAAGCUUGGAUUGCUUUAGUUAUGGAGGAAACCGAGAAAAAUCUAGAGAUCAAAAUAUUACGAAUGCAGCACCAGAUGAUGGCUGCAGACUGGUCCUCGGGUUGGGACCUACACCAACUGUAUAUUCUAAUGAUUAUUUUUCCACAAGCAAAAAACCCGUCUCUGAAUCUAACAAGGGGUUGUCUUGUGAGGGUGAUUCUGUUCUUAAACUUGGCCUAUCUGAUCAUUGUGUCAUGUCAAUGAGCGAUCUGGAUACGAAUACAUUUAGUUUUACUCACAAGGGUAAUAAUAACAGGUUUGAGAUACCUAUUGACGAAGGGUCAACGUCAGCAAAGAAAUCAGGUGGCUAUAUGCCGUCUCUUCUUCUGGCUCCUAGGAUGCAAAUGCAUAACCUUUUGGAGCCUAGUGAAAACUCGUCUCAUGUCCCGCAGUUAAGCUCUGAACUAUCGGCUAUGUCAGAUUACUCUAUGGGGACAAUGUCUGACCACCAAACAAGCAAUUCUAAGAAAUGUAAGUUUGAGGGGUGCACAAAAGGGGCUAGAGGAGCUACAGGUCUUUGUAUUGGUCAUGGUGGAGGGCAGAGAUGUCAGAAACCAGGGUGUAACAAAGGUGCUGAAAGUAGAACCGCGUAUUGUAAGGCUCAUGGUGGUGGAAGGCGGUGUCAGCAUCUCGGCUGCACUAAAAGUGCAGAAGGUAGGACAGAGUAUUGUAUAGCACAUGGUGGUGGGAGACGGUGUGGCCAUUCUUCUGGAUGUAGUAAAGCAGCUAGGGGCAAAUCGGGCCUCUGCAUUAAACACGGUGGGGGAAAGAGGUGUAAAGUGGAGGGCUGCACUCGUAGUGCUGAAGGACAGGUUGGUUUGUGCAUAUCUCAUGGUGGAGGUCGGCGAUGCCAGUUCCAAGGGUGCAACAAGGGAGCUCAAGGAAGCACUAUGUAUUGUAAGGCUCAUGGUGGUGGAAAACGUUGUAUUUUUGCUGGCUGUACCAAAGGUGCUGAAGGUAGCACGCCGCUUUGUAAAGCCCAUGGUGGAGGCAAACGAUGCCUUUAUGACGGUGGUGGUAUAUGUCCUAAAAGUGUGCACGGCGGAACCAACUUUUGUGUUGCUCACGGUGGUGGGAAAAGGUGUUCUGUUCCUGGUUGCACCAAAAGUGCCCGUGGCAGAACCGAUUGCUGCGUGAAGCACGGCGGCGGAAAGCGGUGCAAAUCCGAGAACUGUACAAAGUCAGCCCAAGGUAGUACCGACUUCUGUAAGGCUCAUGGUGGUGGGAAGCGAUGCAAUUGGGGCGGAGAAGGUAAUUGUGAGAAAUUCGCUAGGGGAAAGAAUGGAUUAUGUGCGGCGCAUGCUAGCAUGGUUCAAGAUAGAGAAUCUAAUGCAAGCAAAAAGGGCAGUUUCGGAAAGGGAAUUGGACCAGGGCUCUUCCAUGGACUUGUCCCGGCUCCAGCAUCAACCAUUGCAACCAGCUUUGAUAAUACUUACUCUUCAUCAGGAGUCAGUAUUGUUUCAGAUUCCAUCGAUUCCCUAGAAAGGCCGGCCAAAAGACAACAACUAAUUCCUCCUCAGGUUUUAGUCCCCCCAUCAAUGAAAUCUGCCUUUUCAUCAUAUACAACGCAAAUGAGCUCAGAAAAGAUCAGAGACGGGCAUGACAAUGGCAGCAGUAAGAAAAGCUUGGAGUUCACGGUUCCAGAAGGGCGUGUUCAUGGCGGCGGUCUGCUAUCCUUGCUAGGAGGAAACCUGAAGAAUGCCACCGUUGAUGGGGUGUAAUGGAAAACUUAGAUUUUGAAACUUAGACAUGUAUUUGAUUUGUUAAAGUUAAUUUUGUGUGUGUUUGUAUAAAUGCCCUUUCAUUGGUGACUAUUUCAUAUUCAUGUUGUUGUAUGAUAAAAUUGUGAUGUAUUUUUUCUUCAUACAAAUUUUAUUGUACAACUUGGCUUA